AAGAAAGAACACUUUCUUCAACUUAAUUUAAAUUAACCGCGCCACAUUAGCUCAUGUUCUAUAAUCGAGAUGUCGACAGGGAUCGAUAUAUGACAUGAUGAAGAUAGAGAACACACGUGAACAUUACUUACAAAAUUAGGAAACGGAAUAAUAAACUAAAGGAGAAGGAAACCGAGGAGAAUAGACUUUAAUUGUCGUUUCUCUUUCUUUUAGCUCUUUCUUUUAGAGCAACACUUUGGCAAUUCUCCUGAAAGUUCCUCAUAUCAUCUUUUGUCUUAUAAAACGACAAUUGUGGUCAACAACAAACAAAAAUGGUCAGACUACAAUUUGAAAUUACAAUAGUAGCUUCUCCAAAAGAUGAAAAAUCGAACACAUUGGCCAUAACCUCAAUCAAGACAGAAGAUGAGAAAACUUACUGUUUGUCAGGAGACAAAAUAUACAUGGCUAACCACACAGAACUAAUGAAAACAGAUACUUUUGCUAAGGUAAGGAACAGCAUCAAAAGAAGACAUCAAUCAAGGAAGGUUUGGAUUACACUAACGGAUAAACUGAAGGAAAUCUAUUCGGAUGAAGAAGGUAAUUUACAAUUCUUAGAUGAAUACUUGGAGGAAGUAGAAGCACAGAACCCAGCGGAAGAAAAAAAUGAUAACUUGAAUAAGAUAUUAGAAAAAUUAGUAGAAGCAUCACAGAAGAGGAACGGGGAAAAAAAUCUGAAAAAUAUUGCAGAAAAGUAUCUGAUUGAAAAGUUCACGAGUAAGAACUCGAACGCCAAACAAUGGAUGGAAACGUUCGAGAAAGAAUGCACACGACUUGAUAUCACAGAAGAUGAACAAAAAAUAGAAGUAUUGAGACUAUUCCUGGAUAAAUCCUGCGCAGAUUGGCACUCUGCAACAUUAACAAGAUUAUCAACCGAAGCACAAUGGGGUGAAUGGAAGAAUAGAUUCCUAGAGACUUUUGCGGACAAAGGAUGGAACACGGUAACGUAUGCUCUAGCAUUUAAAUAUAAAGAAGGAUCACUCAUCGACUACGCGAUAAAAAAAGAAAAGCUUUUGUUAGACAUGAACAAAGACAUAGAUUCGGUAACACUAACAGCCCUCAUAGCGACAGGACUGCCGGAAUUCAUAUUGAAUAGAAUAGAUAGAGAAUCAUGCACAGAUUCAACAACACUAUUCACUGAAAUUAGAAAAUACGAAAAUUUAGUGAAUAGAAAAACUUUCAUGAAGAGGACAGAUAAUAAAACCGAUUACAAGAAGAGAAAUGAAGAAAAGAAGCCAUGCAAAAUAUGCGAAGAUCUGAACAAAGGAAGCAGAUAUCACCCACAGGAAGCAUGCUGGUUCAAGACACAGGAAAAUAAUAAAGAAAGAAAUAAACCGAAAGUAGUAGGACAACAUUCAGUAAUAGAAGUAGAAUUAAAUACAGAGACAAAAAACGAACAACCACACCAUUGAUUAGAUUGAAAAU